AUGUCUGCCAUCAUCACAUCUUCAGAUGGAUCAAAAGAAGAUGUUCGCGCGGCAAUAUCUAUAUGGAAAGAGAGAGUGAGCGAAUUAUCAGCAUCUAAAUACAUGCAACCCAUGAUUCAAGAAGCAUCAAGAUCGAAAUAUUCGCUAGUCAGAUCAUCAGACAUUCCAUUACUAUUUUCACAUUUGCCAGAAUUAUUACAACUAUCAAACAAACUAUUAGCACAAUUCAAUGAAAAACCAAAUGAAAUAGGACAAGUCUUUAAAGACGUAGACUCAGAAUUUGUUGUAUUUUUAAAAUAUGCCAUACAUUAUAAAAGUAAUAUGAAAUCAAUUAGAAAAGCAUGUAACAAUUCAUUAUUUAUAAGAAUCGAUCAAAAAAUUCUUGCUAGUAGAGAUACCAACAGGCUAGGCAUGUCAGAUUAUCUAAUUGCGCCUAUUCAGCGUGUACCAAGAUAUUGCUUACUGAUAAAAGGUACUCUUCUUUUAUUAAGCAACCAUGACAUUAACUUGUAA